AUGCAGCAGCUGGAGGCAAGAAUUAAAGCCUUGGAAUUAGAGGUUUUUCGGAAUACUGAGACUGCACAGUUACCAGUAAGAAGUCCUCCGGGCUUUCCGGGAUCAUCGGAGAUCCCUAGGAUUCCUGGCACUAAUGGCAUUCCUGGCCCGCCCGGAAACGGAGAAAAGGGCAACCCUGGAUGGCUAGGUCCGAAAGGGGAAGUAGAGAUGAUAGGAAGGAGAAGCACAAUGGAGUCGGCUGGACUCAUCGGAGAACUCGACGGAUGUGGAUGUAAGGGCGAAAAAGGAGAGGUGGGGGCUCCAGGCAUUCGAGGUCCAGUAGGCUCCAUUGGAUUUCCUGGUCCCCGAGGUUUACCUGGCCUUAGAGGUCCACCUGGUCCCCCUGGUCUCCCGGGCGCCGACUGCGUUCAUGAAGAUAGCUACACUAUACACGAUGUAGCACCUCGCUAUAGCCCAACAGAGCAAUCAGAAAAUCCCAAGCAGGAAUGGCGUCUCCGUUUGGUAAAUGGUGGAACGCCCUACCGGGGGCGUGUUGAAAUCUUAGUGGAUGGCCAAUGGGGUACCGUGUGCGAUAAUAUCUUUAAUGUCAAUGCCGCCAAGGUAGUUUGCAAGCAGCUCAACCUCCCUCAUUCUAGCCCAGCUGUCCAUGUUGCAGCCCACUAUGGUGCGGGCGAGGGGCCUGUUUGGAUACAAAAUGUCUCCUGCAACGGCACAGAGGCCAGAUUGGAUCUGUGCCGACACGGUGUGCGUGGUAGUGUCUCCUGCUCCCACCAGAGGGACGUGGGGGUUACCUGCUUGUAA